AUGAUCCUCAUCAAAGAGAUCCUCGGCUACCAUACGUUCCAGGGACCGACAAGUGGAUUGAUUUCGGGGACUUACAACAUCGCGGCGAACAACCCGGACAUUCACGUGGCCACCGAGCUGUGGGACUACCUUAUCGUCCCGCACCAAGAGGCUUUCGACCGUGCAAAUCCCGACAAAGCUAUGGAUCGUUUCAAGACGAUGCAGUAUGUGGGCACCGAUGGAAUGUACGUUUUCCCUGCAAUGUAUGCUCAAUACUAUGCCGGCACGGGCAGGUCAAUAGAGUAUUACAAGGACUUGAAUGCAAGCUGGGGGGACUACUCAAGUUUUUUCUCCCGGAUGGAAGACAUCAGUGUGUCUGACCUGGCAGAUUGUAACUCCGCGAGGCUGCUAGGCCAAAUCCCGAAUUACUUAGCCGUUACUGGUGACACAGAUGCAGUGCACAUGGUCGAUGGCGUGCAGAAGUGGAAGUGCUACAACCAAGAUCGGUGGUGGCUCGCGCCCACCUGCAGAAGCACUCCAAACACAUGCGCGCCCUACACGACUUAUUCUCAGUGGGCGUAUGAGCCGCUGAGACAGAAAGCGGGAGCCUUCGACAUCCCCUUGGCAAUGGGAGAUUUGGCCACAUGGGGAGCUUAUGUAAGCACGCCCAAAACCUACAACGUCUUCACGUACUGGUGGUAUCCGGAUGCCACUUUCAAGGCGGAUGGUGCCAUCAAAACCAUUUUCCCCCCUUACAGAGCAGACGAAGUGAUUCUAACAAGCGAUGCUUCCGAUGUGAAGAUGUACUCAACCGCCGAUGUGCAGCUUGGGAAUGUCGCGCCGAAGGUCCUCUUCUUGCUAACCGAGCAGUUGCCUGUCUCUGCAAAUCAUCCAGCUAACGUGAGCUAA